UAAUCUGCCAUAACACUAGUGUUAGGGAAGAGUAGAUCUAAGAUACCACAAUGAUGGUCUCCUUAUCUGAAAUAGAGUCAGUAUACAUAGAGAAUACAAAGCGUACAGCUCCAUCAGGGGUAAUACCUAUGAGCCCCUUCAAUGUAGUUGUAAAUGACGUGAAGAUGGUACUUGAACCUUGAUUUUAAUGCAAUCAAUUAUAACAUGGCAUGUGGGAUAGAGAGUUGUAAACAUAUCAGGCAAAUACUUUUGGCCACUGCUAUGAGUUAGCCAGAUUGGCUGCAUCCCAAGCAAAAAAGUAUAGAUAAUUUGCCCAGGUUAUGUUUCUACUAACUGUGGUCUCACUCAAAAAGUCGAUAAGAAUGAAAAAUAUAAUUUUUUUCACCAAGAUGCAAUUUUCUCUUGCAAGCGAACGAAGAAAAGAAAAACCUUCAUGUUUAUUCGAAACCAAAAUACGAAGGAUUAAAAGAUAGGGAAAAAUUUACCGGAAGAUUACUAGUUAAGGGGUAAAAAAUUGUAAGCCGGCGUUUGCCACCCAAAAAGUAAAGUGAUCUCUUAGCCCAAGUAUGCUGUAAAAAGUAUCUCACCUGAGAAACACUUUCUUCUGAAAUGCUGUUUAGAUAGCGCGUUCUUCUGAAAUGCUGUUUAGUUGCCGUGUAAAAAUUUAAGCAAACGCUUUGCAUCGAGGACAAUUUUUAUUUUUCUCCGCUCGAGUCAUGAAAUGUUUGGCACGAUAAUUUUGCGAGCAAAGCAAAGCAAUUAUAUGCGCCCAUUUACCCAUGAAUAAUUUAGGUGGUGUUAAAAGGGUUCACCGAAUGGGUUUUUAUACAUUGUUGAGAGGAAAGAUGUUCGUGUUUUUUCUUUUUGUCGUUAUUUACCAAACUCUUCUUUCCCAAGCCAGGGAGUUUGAGUUCGCAAAUUACCUCCGGAUGCCUAGCCUCAGGUUUAAUUCCUCUGCACCAUCAAAUAUCGUCAAUGUAACAUCAUUGGAAAACUGUGUUUUUGAAUGCGUUGGCACGGAAGGCUGCAAAGCUGCUAAUGUUGGUAAAAUGAAAAAUGCUGAAAAUAAAUUUCCAUGUGAACUCUUCACCACAAUCAGCCUAUACAAUCAACCGAGCCUGGUGAACGAUGAGAAUUUCGAUGUCAUAAAAUUUGCUAUGUGUUACCCCGAGUAUCCAUGUGAAAAUGGGGGAAUAUGUUUAGCUAUCACCGACGGACCAAGAUGUAUCUGCCCCAUCGGAUUUACUGGGAGCUCCUGUGAGAACGUAUCACGUGAUUGUUCAGCUAUACGAGCCAGCGGUGUUACGGUCAGUGGCGUGUACGACAUCGACCCAGAAGGUCUCGGGCGCAUAAAAGUGUACUGUGACAUGACGAUUGAUGGUGGAGGCUGGACCAUGGUCUUCAAGGUCGAGUCUGGUGCAUCGGCACCGGGUGCAGCUAAUCUUUGGGUUGAAUCUCAAGUACAACGCGAGAAUGACACAGAAGUGCUGACCGUUAUCAAGACAACGUCAGAACACUACAAGAACAGGAUCGUCAACAAUUGGGAGACAUUCGACCCCAAAGAGGUUCUCAUGGUUGUGUACAAAAAUGGCGUCCCAGACCUCCAGCUAAGGUUUAACGCGAAGGGAAGUGACCGCGUGAAUUGGUACGAGAAGACGAGGCUUCUCAGCUCUCCCUGGACAGACCUCAUGUCCGGGUCGGCAUCCGUGAUCGAAUUUAACCUGGUUGGUUGGUGCAAUCCAGUUCACCCAAGAAGAUGUCGCAUGUUUUACACUAUGAGUCAAACGGGUGGCUGUCCCACUGACACUGGAUGGCUCAUGGUGACCGAAAAAGGCUGCUCCGAGUAUGAGACAGACAAACCCUAUAAUACGAUACUAUACAGUAUGAAAGUCAGCUUGAAAGUCAGUUUCGCCGCCGAAAACCCGUUGAUUGGCGAUGUACUUUUGGUGUUUGUCCGCUGACCCGAAGCAUAUAGGUUUUUGCGAUAUCUUAUGUUGUGUGUAUGGUACAUUAUGUAACGUUUUGUUAUUAUGUUAGUUUAUUGAUUUUGUGUAGCGUUACGUUACGUAAGUUUUGUUACCUCACUUUAUUUCAUAAAAAAUGUUAUUAUGUUAUGUAACAUAUGUUAUUGAUGUGCUGUUACAUUACGUUAAGUUUAGUUAUGUUACGGUAUAUCAUGAUACAUUAUGUUACGUUACAAUAUGUUAUACCUUGCUUUGUUGUAUAUUGUUACGUUACGCUAUCUUUUGCUAUGUCAAGUCAUGUUAUGUUAUGUUGUUAUGUUAUGUUGUUAUGUUAUGUUAUGUAACAUGUGUUAUUGAUUUUGAUAUUAUUGAUACAUUAUGUUACGUUACGUUAUGUUAUACCUUGCUUUGUUGUAUAUUGUUACGUUACGCUAUCUUUUGCUAUGUCAAGUCAUGUUAUGUUAUGUUGUUAUGUUAUGUUAUGUAACAUGUGUUAUUGAUUUUGAUAUUAUUGAUACAUUAUGUUACGUUACGUUAUGUUAUGCCUUGCUUUGUUGUAUAUUGUUACGUUACGCUAUCUUUUGCUAUGUCAAGUCAUGUUAUGUUAUGUUGUUAUGUUAUGUUAUUAUGUUAUGUUAUGUUAUGUUAUGUUAUGUAUAAUUUUUCGCGGCCAGUUUUUAAUCUGGGAUAUUGACUAGCCUUUUAGCUAAGGCUGGCAUGUUCUAUACUUUUGGUUCUAGAGAUUUUUUGACAUGCUCAUAUGAAAUAAUCUCCCUCCCUUUUAUGGGCUGGUUCUUACUAGGAAGCAAGCGCAGACACAAGCGCAACACAAGUGAGAAUCAUUCAAAUACAAGCGCAAGCACAAGAGAAUCUAGCCAGCCAGAGCCAGAAUGUCGAGCGCAAAGAGAGUCCCAGGUCUGGACUUACGAGAAUCAAGCAGUUGCGUUAUCUUUGGGCUUGCUCUUACGUAUGCUCUUACGUAUGAAAAUCGGAAAAUUGCGUGCGUUGCGCUUGCGUCCUUGUGAAAACCGGUCUUAUGUCAUGUGCUUUUUAUCCAGGGAGCGGUUCCGACGGUCCAGUAGGUCGAUACUUUUUAAAGGCCGUAUGUCAUUAAGCUGUAUUUUUAGAUAACCAUACCUCGGUCGCAAAAUAAGGGACCUCUUUGCCCAGUUUGGCUUAAGGUCGGCUUUGUAAAUUGAAAAUUCAGGAUCCGCCACUUGCCUUUCUGGAGUUUUAUCAUGUAUCGAACUUUACUCCCUAUAGAUUAUUAUUAGAAAGAGGUAAUGGGGGACUAAUUUUACUCCCUAUAGAUUAGUAUUAGAAAUAGGUAAUGGUGGACUUGUUAAAUUUAGCGCGAAAGCGAGGCUUUGGCAGUUGGCAUCACCUACUUUCAAGUCGAUAAGAUAAACUUUAUCAUCCUGCUAAAGGAGGCUUGAAAUGUGAUAACAAGCACAAAACAAACAACUGACGACUUGCCCAUUUCUCGCUUUCGCACCAGGUUCCACAGGGUCCCCAUCAUCUGUAAGACGGCUAAUUGCACUUUGAAAAAAACUGCACAGCAAUAGGCGACUUGCACUUCGGAAUCACGUGACUUUUUGGGCGGGAAACUCGCUCGCGCUACAAAGACAAGAACAAACAAACGACGCCCAUGCCCAUUUCUGUGUCUAUUUUGGCGCGGAGUUUGCCACUCAAAACGUCACGUGAUUUCUUAGUAUAUGUCGCCUAUUGCAUUUUGAAAAGACUGGGUUUUUUUUUGCAAAAUUCAUGUGAUGAAUUGGUUUCAAUUUUGUAUAUAGUACUGGACUCGUUUCUAAGCUACCAGCUGACUGAGAAACAAAAUACGUUAGACAAGUUGAUAAACUGUCUCAAUAAUCAAUGAUUAUUGACCUAUUUUGGCCGUUUGUUUAAAUAGUAAUGCAUGCAAUAGUAUAAACUAUGUACAUUUUAUAGCCAAAUUCGUUGUUGCGCGACCUGCCAGAAUUCAAAAUUCCUUCUUUCGUUUGGGAAUAGCGCGUAGUCAAUCAAACCAAACAAUCAAAACCAGACAAACCGCCCCCAAAGCUUGUGUCUGACUACGCGCUAUUCUCGAGACAUGGAUUUUGGAUUCGCCGAGGUCGCGCAACAAAGAAUUUGGCUGUAACUUUGCAGCACUAUUGUUGAUAUAAGGAAUUUGACAACUUCUGAAAUGAGAAUGCAGAAUGGAAAUAAGAAUGAUAUUGUUUUAGCGAAGUGAAAUUUAAGGGAGCUCUACACACGUAGUACGGCAGUAAGGACCAAUGCGAUGAGCAAUGACGGAAUGCUAGCACCGUCUUAUCAAGCAGUUCGCAAUUGUUGCCGAGCUACACGUGUGAUAUAAGACUCUGUUAGCGUUCCGUGGCUACUGGUGCUAGUGUGUGUAAAGCUUGUCUGUUAAGUUCACUUCUUUUUUGACUCGCAUGCCGUGGACUCAUAAUGUCCCCCGUGGACAUUUUUGUGCACAUUUCAUGUUAUCAAGCAUACUACCGCUGUAAAGAUUGCAUUAAAAAUGUUUCUGAGCAAAAA